UUGUAUACCUGUCAGUUAGUUUUAGAAGGGUAGAGGAUCGCCGAAGAGAAAAGGCGAGAUACUACUGAGACGUUUCGACGGAUUCGUUUAACGACGUGGAUACCUGUAUUUGGGUGACAUUUCAACGCUAACGCCAAUUUGAUGUUUUCCAGAUGGAUUAAUGCUAAUGCGCUAUAUCGGCCAGUCCUGUUUAAGUGUAUUCAUCAGCUGAAGAAACAGCACAGCAGUUGUGGACAGAAAUGAAGACUCUAGAGGAGCCUGCAUACCUGACUGUUGGCACCGACGUGAGUGCCAAGUACCGUGGGGCUUUCUGUGAGGCCAAGAUUAAGACUGCCAAGAAACUUGUCAAGGCCAAGGUGACAUUCAAACCAGACUCAUCCACUGCUGAGGUGCAUGACGAGCACAUCAGAGGAAAUUUGAAGGUGGGUGCUAUAGUUGAAGUCAAAAACCAAGACGGAAUCUACCAGGAAGCUACAAUCAACAAGCUCACAGAUGCUAGUCUAUACACAGUCGUUUUUGAUGAUGGUGAUGAGAAAACCCUGAGGCGUUCAUCCCUGUGCCUUAAAGGAGCACGUCACUUUGCCGAGAGUGAGACACUUGACAGGCUUCCCCUGACAAAUCCUGAGCACUUUGGCACUCCUGUCAUUGGGAAAAAAGGCAACCGUGGACGUCGCUCUAAUGCAGUACAAGAGGAAGAAUCCUCAUCCUCAUCCAGUGAAGAAGAUGGUGACCCACAACAGAAUGAGGAUCUUUAUGGCAAGGUGGUGGGUGUGGAAGGUGUGGCUACAGGGGAUAAAAAGAAGACAUUGUGGUUCCCUGCUGUGGUUAUCUCUCCAGAUUGUCAUGAAGAUGUCAUAAUGAAAAAAGACAGCGUUUUUGUCCGCUCCUUCAAGGAUGGGAAGUUUCACAUGUUCCUGCGGAAAGACAUUAAGGAACUUGACUGUGAAAUGGAUCCAAAGGCAGAAGCGAGCCUCAAGCCAGUGCUGAAUGCAGCGUGGGAUUUCCAGUGCAAUGGUAUUGUGCCUAGUGUAUGGAAGACUGAGAUUAAGGAUGAAAGUUCCAGUAGUGAAGAAAAUGAAGAGGAGGAGGAAGAGGUGCAGGAGGAUGGUGGAAGCAGUGAGGAGGAAGAGGAAGAUUUGGAGCCCUUCCCAGAGGAGAGGGAGAAUUUCCUCCAACAGCUUUACAAAUUCAUGGAGGAUAGGGGUACACCCAUAAACAAAAGACCAGUGCUGGGCUACAGAAAUCUGAACCUCUUUAAACUCUACAGGCUGGUGCACAGACUUGGAGGAUUUGACAGUAUUGAGAGUGGAUCUAUUUGGAAACAAGUGUAUCAAGAUUUGGGAAUCCCUGUAUUGAACUCUGCCGCAGGUUACAAUGUCAAAUGUGCCUACAGAAAGUAUCUUUAUGGUUUUGAAGACUACUGCACCUCAACCGGGAUCACAUUCCGCAUGGACCUCCCAUUUAAAGCAGCGGAGAAGCUGAGUUCUCUCACAGAUAGCAGUAUUGAAGGACCAGCAGAGAGAACAAACAGUGUUGAACCAAAAUCUGAUCCAGAAAUCUCACUAAGCACAAAAAAUGUUUUUAAGGAGGGGAAAUCAGAAGAAACAGGAGUUUUUAGGAACAAAGUGAAUAUAAGAAGCCCAACGGAAGAGGACAGGAUCAGUAGUGACAAGGAAGAUAGUGGUAUUGAUAAAGAGCUCCACAAACUCAAAGCUGAAGAAACUGCACCAACAGAAGAUCCAUGCACAGACAACAUGAUGGUGAAACCCUGUAAGGACCAGAACAAGGAACUGUUACGGGAUGACAGCAGUCAGGAGUGGGAGGAAGGGGAGGAGUUUGAGUGUUACCCCCCUGGGAUGAAGGUGCAGGUGAGGUAUGGGCGAGGUCGCAAUCAGAAGACGUACGCAGCCACUGUGAAAGAGUCAGACCUGGAGGGGGGAGAGGUGCUCUACCUGGUACACUACUGUGGCUGGAAUGUCAGGUACGAUGAGUGGAUUAAAGCUGACAAGAUAGUCCAACCAGCUAAUAAGAAUGUCCCCAAAAUAAAGCACAGGAAAAAAAUAAAGAACAAAAGAGAAAGAGACCAAAUAGAGAGUUUAAAUGACAGAGAGGACCUUCUCCCUACAAACAGUCGCAUCAACCGAUCCUCCAAACUCAUCUCUGGCAGUGAUGUGUUUCCCAAAAUGGAUGAAUUUAAGGAUGCAGGUGGCCAGAAGAGUCCUGUUAAAUCUUUCAAGACCACCUACAAUCUCAAUGGCCUCCAAGCACCAGAGAGCUCCACAGAUUACAGCAACCAUGAGCAGGAUGGGGAAGCUGGCUAUAAUAAUGAUAGUCCAGCAGGUCAGCUAGGCUCUCCAAGAAGACCUUCUCCAGAACGCAUUUAUACAGCCCUAAAAUGGGAAAGCGAGCCAUCCGUUGGUGGACGCAAACCUUCAUUGAAUAAGAGUACUACAGAGGUAUCAUCCAGCCAGUACAAUCCAGAAACAAAUAAACAGUUAGUAACAGAGGGGGAGGCCUCAAGCACCAGGAGACGAAAAGUUGAUGGAAGUACUGAGCUUACACACAAAAUACAACGCAAAGGCAAAACAAAGGUCAGCAAGUUAAGCGACUGGCUAUCAGAGAGUUCACUUAUAAAGCUGGAAGAGAGAAACAUUGAUCCUCGUGAAGGAGGCAUGCAGUCCAGCAGUAGUUCUGAGGAUGAGGAUGGUCCUCUUAUAGAAUCCCAGGCCAAAGAAGAGCUACACCAUAAAUCCAAGGGUGCAUCCUCAAAGAAGUAUAAUGGCCUGAAGGAGAAGGCCAAGGGUGUCCGGUCUUCAGUUUUCUGGGAAAUCCCUGAAAAGCGAGCUAAAAUGACAUCUGGAAUGGAUGACAGGACACCUGGCUGCCGUACGAAAGGCCAAAAGGAUGUAUGGUCCAGUAUUCAGGCUCAAUGGCCUAAGAAAACCCUGAAAGAGCUGUUUUCUGAUUCAGACACUGAAGCUGCAAAUUCUCCUUCUCCAGGUGUACCGGGCCUGAGUGAGCCCGACCCCGAGCCUGAGCAGAAAAGUAAAAAAUUAGAGGAGCCACUGCAAAGCCAAGAGAAGAACCAAGAGUAUCCCAGCAGUGGAAGCAACUCCAUUCUGAACACACCACCCACCACACCAGAGCCUGCUGAAGUCUUGCAUGAGAUGCACUCAUCCUCACCACCUCCUCAAAGUUCAGUCCUGACAUCCUACUCUCCGGCCACAUCCUCACCAGUUGGCCCUUUGAUAGAAGAGUGUGUUGGUGGGCGCUGCGAGUCCGACACUAGUACAGUGGAGAUGGAUAUUGUGAGCUGUGAGUUUCACAUGCUACCACAGGAAGAGCAGUUUGAAUCCCCCUCCAAAGCUUUUGAUGCAAAUCUGUCCAGCAACAGCAACUGUAGUUUGAGUUUGAGCAGCAACAGUCAGCAAGAGAGUGAGCAGAAAUCCAAAGUCUCAUUGUCCAAUCAGAAGCGGCAUAAAGACUCCCAGGGUGGUGGAGCAUCAAAGAAACACAAACACAGUCACAAGAACCUGAACUUGCAUCCCAAAAAGAACCACAAAACAGCCAACAGCAGUGACAGUGAAGACCAAUGUGUUGCCAAAUCACUUAUGUCCAAGAGCAGCACACAGUACAUAAAGGCCAUAACUCCACCCAAGGGCACUGCUCAGAUACCCCCAUCCCAUAAAGGCCACAAACAUGGAGACUCUGAGCAUUUGCAUCCCAAAGAACAUGUCAACAGCCGAGGUUCCCGUACUUACAAGUGGAGUUUUCAGAUGUCCGAUUUAGAAAAGAUGAGUAGCCUAGAGAAGAUCGCAUUCCUUCAGGAAAAAUUGCAUGACAUCAGGAAUCACUAUCUCUUGCUCAAAUCUGAAGUGGCCUCCAUUGACAGAAGACGAAAGCGUAUGAAGAAAAAGGAGAGGGAAACGGGACUCUGUCUGACGAACAGGAGGGUUUUAAUCUUAUGUUGGACCAGCUGGGUGAGGCCUGGAGUCAAUGAGAAGACGUCCAUGCACUGGUCCACUAACUCGGUGCAGCAGCAGCAUUGUACUCCUCUUCUUCCUCACCAUCAUCCAGCUCUCUGACAGCAGCUGUUAUGUUGACGCUUGCUGAGCCCACAGUCUCAGGCUCCUCACAGAAUUCCGGGUUCUCGCUGGAGUGCAGGUGACGGGAAUAGUCCUCUCACAGCACAUGGCACUUAAUCAUCACCCAGUUAAGCCUCUCGCAUUCCCCCUAUACUAUGUGACAGAACUAACUCUAAUUAAUAGAGUUACCUGGUGUAAAAACCUGAGGCACAAAACACUGAGUGGUUUAAAAACAGAGCCAGACAACAGGAAGCACUAUUUUGUAUUGACAACUGUUUCCUCUGCAAACUAAAUGCACUCAAUUGUACUUUUUCCUGAUAUAUUGGGAAUAGGUUGUCAGAAUGAAUUCAACAAUCUUUCUACAUGUUUUAAGUUUGAGCAAUAACCAUGCCCAUGUAGAUUAUAUCCUUUCUGUGAAGUGACAAUAUUGCAUUUAUAGACUGGAAUAACAGUGGCUUAGUUAUUUGUGUAUGUUUAUCUCUUAUUAAGACAAAAAAUGUCUUACAGCCCUGCAUUCAUAGAUUAAAUCAAUUGUGGUGCUCUGUAAAAAUGUCUCACGCUCUUAUGCAACGCGCGUUACCUUUAUGUUUCCUUGAAAAUGUUCCAACGAUUGGUCUGCCAUUCCCUAACCCGGAAAAAGGCUUACCGUGAUGUAAAUCUUUAUUUAUAAUGUAUGUGUAAAAUACUGAAGUUGCCUCCAGUGUUUCCCAAUUGUUCUAUAAAUUGCAGGUCUAUGCUGGGUGGCACUAUUAUGGAAUCAUAUGACUUUGUAAUACAUUUGUAUAUUGACAGGUGUUUUGAGGUGACCUAUUUAAUAUCUUGCACUGUUAAUAAUAUACGACUUUUUUGUACAGUUUAUACUUUAACAUUUUUGUCUGUGUAUGAUUGUGAUAAAAGCCUUUUUUGUUUUUUAUUACAUGGCUUUUUGUGGCACAAUUUUCAGUUUCAGAUUUUAUUUUCAUAUUGUCAUACAUGCUUUUUCCUUCAUGUUUUGUCUUUGCCUCUUUUUUUUAAUUGUGCUUGGCUUUUUAAUGUGAUUUUAAAAGUAUUUUCGUGUCUGAACAUGAACUGUAAAAUUCUGAAACCAUGUAUGAAUGUGACAAGUUCAAUUGUAUUUAUCAGGUACAUCUAAUGAUGGACACUGUAAUUUAUUGUACAAAUGUAAGCAGCAAAACACCAGUUUUAAAUAAAUACGAAUAGUUUGUGAGUUCUAA